CCGGAUUGUGUCUGUCACCCAGUUGCCCGGAUGCUGAUGUAAGGAGAGAGCUCGAGAGAUCCCUUCAGAUUGCAGUGAGAGGAGGCGAAGGACCAGACCGGAGGAGGCUUGCCGCCAGCAUCCUGCAUCCCCAGCAGUAUCAGCAUCAACAUCAGCAUCCUCGGUUGGGGGCGGCUGGACCAGCUGGAGGAUGCUGGUACCCGGACUGUAGCAUCCUUCGUCCCUCUCCCUCCUCCCUUCCCCUCCCUGAUGCGUCCCCCUCCCCCUAAACCCAUCAGGAUGCCGGCCCCGGUAUUGUCCCUAUAGGGCGAUAUCGGGGGCCUCGCCUCUCCCCACCCCACCCCCCAAAUCCCCCCCAUCUCUUAUUGUUUCUCAGAAGGUGACAGACAAAAGCCAUGUCCGGUGGCAAAGAAGCAGGUGGGGUCCACCCCUACCAGCCACAACAGACCCAGCAGCAUGCUCAGUACGUGGGGCCCUACCGGCUGGAGAAGACGCUGGGGAAAGGGCAGACCGGUCUGGUAAAGCUGGGAGUGCAUUGCAUCACCGGACAGAAAGUGGCCAUUAAGAUUGUGAACCGGGAAAAGCUUUCUGAGUCCGUUCUAAUGAAGGUGGAGCGGGAAAUCGCCAUUCUGAAGCUCAUUGAACAUCCCCACGUCCUCAAACUCCACGAUGUCUACGAGAACAAAAAAUAUUUAUACCUGGUUUUGGAACACGUCUCGGGAGGGGAACUUUUUGACUACCUGGUGAAGAAGGGACGUCUGACACCCAAGGAAGCCAGGAAAUUUUUUCGGCAAAUCGUCUCAGCCUUGGAUUUCUGCCACAGCUAUUCUAUAUGCCACCGAGACUUGAAGCCGGAGAAUUUAUUGCUGGAUGAGAAGAACAACAUCCGAAUUGCGGAUUUCGGCAUGGCCUCCCUGCAGGUCGGAGAUAGCCUGCUGGAAACCAGUUGUGGUUCUCCUCACUAUGCAUGUCCCGAGGUGAUCAAGGGCGAGAAAUACGACGGGCGCCGCGCUGAUAUGUGGAGUUGUGGAGUCAUCCUCUUUGCCCUGCUGGUGGGGGCGCUACCCUUUGAUGAUGACAACCUACGGCAGCUGUUGGAAAAGGUGAAGCGAGGGAUCUUCCACAUGCCCCAUUUCAUCCCGCCCGAUUGCCAGAACCUCCUUCGGGGCAUGAUCGAGGUGGAGCCCGAGAAGCGUCUCAGUCUAGAACAGAUUCAGAAGCACCCGUGGUUCUUAGGAGGCAAGAAUGAACCGGAGCCAGAGCAGCCCAUCCCUCGAAAGGUGGCGAUCCGGCGGAUCCAGUCGGUCAGCGAGCUGGAUCCCGACGUGCUGGAGAGCAUGCACUCCCUGGGCUGUUUCCGCGACAAGGGCAAGCUGAAGCAGGAGCUGCAGAACGAGGGCGAGAACCAGGAAAAAAUGAUUUACUAUCUGCUCUUGGACCGCAAGGAGAGAUACCCCAGCUGCGAGGAUGAAGAUCUGCCUCCACGCAACGAUGUCGACCCCCCUCGGAAGCGAGUGGACUCACCCAUGCUGAACCGACAUGGGAAGCGCCGGCCGGAACGGAAGUCCAUGGAAGUUCUGAGUGUCACAGACGGCGGUUCUCCAGUCCCGGCCCGACGGGCCAUAGAGAUGGCACAGCAUAGCCAGAGGUCUCGAUCUGUGAGCGGUGCCUCUACUGGCUUAUCCUCUAGCCCUCUCAGUAGCCCCAGGAGCCCCAUCUUCAGCUUUUCUCUCCCAUCGCCUCCCCCUGCCCCUGCGAAGACCCAGACGCUCCCGGCCAAAGGCAGCCCGGCAGGGGAACGGGCCCUGCAGAGCCGAUGCUCCGCCCCUUUCCCUCUGCCCCCCGGCUCUCCGCCUCCUCACCCACCCUCCUCUCCCCGUUGCUUUUUCCCUUCGACUAAACCCCCACCCAAAUCUGUGCUGCAGGUCACCCCCCACCCCUCCCCUCGGGGAAGCCCCCUCCCCACUCCGCUCGGCACCCCCGUACACACGCCCAAAGACAGCCCCACCGGCACUCCUGGUGGGACGCCGCCGAGCAGCCCUGGCGUGGCCGGCGUGGCGUGGAAAACCCGCCUGAACUCCAUCAAGAACAGCUUCCUUGGCUCCCCACGCUUCCACCGCCGGAAACUGCAAGUUCCCACACCAGAGGAAAUGUCCAGUCUUACUCCAGAGUCGUCCCCUGAACUAGCCAAGAAAUCCUGGUUUGGGAAUUUUAUCAACCUAGACAAAGAGGAGCAAAUUUUUGUGGUCAUCCGAGACAAACCCCUGAGCUCUAUCAAGGCGGAUAUUGUUCAUGCUUUCCUCUCGAUUCCCAGCCUGAGUCACAGCGUUGUGUCUCAAACAAGCUUCCGGGCCGAAUACAAGUCAUCAGGCGGCCCCUCGGUCUUCCAGAAACCCGUCAAGUUCCAAGUCGACAUCAGCUACUCUGAGGGUGGGGAAGCACACAAAGACAGCGGGAUCUACUCGGUCACCUUCACCCUCAUCUCAGGUCCCAGCCGCCGGUUUAAGCGAGUGGUGGAAACAAUUCAGGCGCAAUUGCUCAGCACACACGACCAGCCUUCCGUGCAAGCCCUCGCAGGUGGGUGUUCGGGAUCCGUACUCGGACCGGGUACCAACAGUUUGCUAGAUGAGAAGAACGGGCAACUGUCCCGCUUGCCAGGCACGCCGACCCGCAGCUGCCAAACGUCUCGGCGCUCCGAAUCCGACGUCUCCUCCGAGCACCAUCGACGCGGCUCUAAGGACAAGAAGCUGGUCUCCUCCAACGGGACUCAAGUCCAGCAACCGCCACCCCCGUCCCCGCAGCAGCCGUGAC